AUGGGGCUCAAGUGGGAACAACUCAAGGAGCGGCUGCAAGUGCCUAAAGACGAGCACUCCUACUACGACAAUACCAGGUGGUGUAACCGGGACUUGAUCCCCAUGCCGCCGGAGAGACGGACCUGGGGUAUAUGGGGAUACUGCGGAUAUUGGACUGUCUCAGGAUCCUGCAUUUCGGCGUGGUCGACGGGAAGCACAUUGCUUGCCUUUGGGCUCAGCCCACAACAAGCCAUCGGCGUCGUGAUCUUGGGCGGCGUUCUCACAGGUCUUUUGGCAGUGGCGUGUGGUUGGAUGGGCGAGAACCACCACAUUGGCUUCACCGUGUCGUCUCGGUUCUCCUGGGGCAUGCAGGGGAGCUACUUUCCAGUUGUGCUUCGCAUUUUCGUAGCUUGCAUGUGGUUUGGGAUGCAGGCGUACUGGGGAGGUCAAGCCACGAGGGUUCUUUGGGGUUCAAUCAUUCCAGGCUUUGCGCACAUGAAGAACUACUUCAGCGAGGGCUCCCACCUUUUGACAAACGAUUUCAUUGGGUUGAUCAUCUGGAUGGCCGCUUUUAUCCCGCUCGUCUUGGUACGCCCCGAGCGUCUGCAGAUCCCCUUUGCCAUCUCCUUUUUCCUCUUCGCCGGAUCGUGCUUCGGCUUGCUUAUAUGGGCUGUCCACGUCGCAGGAGGGGCUGGUAGCAUGUUCCGUGAGCCGGGGACAAGUGCGAAUGUGGGCUGGGCGUUUAUGUUCGGCAUCACCGCCAUUCUCGGUGCCUGGGGGGCUGGGACCUUGGGGCAGUCCGACUGGACGAGGUAUGCGAACCGCAAAUUCGCUCCCACCCUAUCCCAGCUGAUUGCCGCCCCUGUCACCAUCGCCGUGACGGCCACGAUCGGCAUCAUCGUUACCAGCGCUGCCAAGGACAUUCUUGGAGAUAUCGUCUGGAACCCUAUCUACCUGUUGGCGGAUAUCCAAGAAGAAUACCACUCCAGCCCCAGAGCGAGAGCCGGCGUGUUCUUUGGUAGUUUGGGACUGGUGAGCUCACAACUCGCGAUAUCUGUCGUCUUGAACUCGGUGUCGACUGGCAUGGACAUGGCUGGACUGUGUCCCAAAUACAUCAACAUUAUCCGUGGGAGUUAUAUCAUGGCAGUCAUUGGCAUUGCCACUCAGCCAUGGCAACUGUUGAGCACGGCGGACAAGUUUCUCAAAGUCCUCAGCGGCUUUGGUGUCUUUAUGGCGCCUGCGACUGGAGUCAUGUUGGCCGACUAUCACGUCGUCCGUCGCACCAAACUGAAACUCAACGACCUGUACACGGGCGACAGCUCGUCGAUCUACUGGUUCAACAGAGGCGUGAACUGGCGCGCCAUUGUCGCCUUCUUCUCCGGAGUGUGGCCCCUGUUGCCUGGUCUCGUGGGGACCGUCAACAGCAGCACCGACGCUUCGUUCGUCGGCUGGAUCCGUCUGUACAAUCUCACGUUCAUCGUCGGCCUGGCAAUAAGCUUCUUUGUCUUCUGGGUGCUGAACUUCUUCUUCCCGCCGGUUGGUCUAGGCGAAGAGGCUCCCUUUGUCGAGGACGACGUCCUUUACGGGGUCGAGGAGCGCAGCUCGGAAAGCACCGACGAGAAGAACCACGCUUUUAGUGCGAACAGCAACAAGCACGGCGCUGUGGCUACAGUUUCUGUUUAG